CAAGCCGUUUGUAGGGGUUACUGUUACGUUUUUAUAUAACAUUCAAACCUUAAAACACACGUAAAUUGACAAAAAGUUAUAAUAUUGCCACUUUUAUUUAUUGCGUACUCGAUAAUUUCGAAGCGGUACACUGUAACUUCCCCCCCUCGCGGUUAAUCACUCAGUUUUUUUUUUAUGUGUAUUUCCGCGUACAAUGUUAUUUUUUUUCUUCCCACUGACACACGGCAACUUCGAACAGGAAACCUCUUAGACGUCUCGCCUGUCGGUUUCUCUGUAUUUACGGCAGGGUGUGUCUGGACCUCAGUGCUCUAACCCAGCCAUGAGCAUCAUCGGGGCUGAGGAUGAGGAUUUUGAAAACGAUCUGAAUGAGUACGUGGAAGACCGGUCCAACACCUUUAACCACAUAGAGCAGUUGAAGAGUCGGCCGACCCACCUGCUGGUUUUCCUGCAACAUGUCAUUCUGCAGUUUGACCCUGCUCCCCUGCUCUGUUACCUCCAUGCUGAGCUCUUCAAAAACCUCAGUGCCAAAGAGACCAAAAAGCAGUUUGGGGAUUUUUACACAACCUUCUUGGACAAGGGUGCAGUUCUGAAAGUGGCAGUACCAGCUCACGUAAACUCUGAGUUGGAUCGAUCCCGUCUAGAUGUGCUCACAGAUGAUAUCCAAAAGCGCUUUGUUCAGGACAUUCAGAGCGUCCAACUUGCUGAAGUGGCCAAACAGUUGGAGGAUUUCAGGCAAAAGAGGAUGAUGGGUAUGACCCUCAGUGAGGCUGAGCUAAAUGACGUGGACAGCCACUAUCCCACCGACCGUGUCCCAACGGAUAUGAAGGAGAAGUCUGUUGCUGAGAACCUCCUAGAGAAGAUGUCUGAGACACAAUCAACAGGUGCCUUUGAUGAGGAUAAAUGCCAAACCAUCUUUAAUGCUGUGGUCUUGUACAUGAAACACCUCGGGGUUAAAAACAAGGCAGCUGACAGUAAGAAGUCCAAAGGAGGUUUCUUCACUAGAAAGACUAAGCCCAAGAGUAAGGAUGAUAUCCCAAAGGCCAAAAGCUCAAGAGUGUUUCCUGUUUUACCAAACUGGAUGGUUACAGUUGAGUCCAAAAUUAAAGUGGAUGAAGACAGGGAUAGAGGGUCAGUCGAUCGCAAAGGUCCUGGUGCUAAAACCACCCCGAAUGACUCUGGAGUUCCCACUAUAUCGUUGAACAAGAAGCAGAGUCUAGUCCCUCCUGUGCAACCUGCGGUAGAUGUUGAUUCCCCAAGCAACAACGCCACCAGCACGACUACCAUAGAGGCACACAGUGAUGCUGUCCCAAGCAAUCGUUUAGAGCUUCCAACUCUGCAAGAUGACUUGCCCUCUGGGCCUGCAGGUGGGCUGAUCGAGCCCAUCUCGCCCAUCUCACCCAGUGACAUCCCGCCUGAGGAGCCUGUGGAGAAAGAAAGACGGAAGACAAGUAGGAAAGUGGCACGCAGUGAAAGUGCCCGAGUGGACCGACAGUCAUCACGGCGGCGUGGCUCUUCUCGGGCCAAACAGUCUCGCUCCCGUAGCGAUGUGGACCUGCAGCCACCCUCUUCCACGACAACAACACCUGCCCCGCUCACCCCCCAACACCUCCAUCCCCCAGAAGGACUAAGUUUUGCCCCAGACCCUGGCCACUCCCCCACCAGCCCUUUCCCGCAGGUGGAGGAGGUGGAUCCGCGGCUGCAGGAGUUUGAGUCUGAUCCACCCAACUGGAGGGAGCUGGCCUCUCCUGAGGCUCUGUCCAAACUGACCAAGAAGGAGACCAAAAUGCAAGAAGUCAUAAAUGAGUUGUUUACAACAGAGCACGCACAUGUGCGAAUGCUGAGUGUCCUUCAGGUGAUCUUUGUCAGACCAUUGGAGAGAGAGGAGCUUCUGACCUCAACUGAGUUGGCCGCCGUCUUCCCCAACCUUGAUGAGAUCACUGAAAUGCACAGUAACUUCUAUGAGAGCCUUAAGAAACAGCGUUUGGAUAACAACUUCAUAGUUAAAUCCAUCAGCACCACAGUGCUCAACAGAUUUGGUGGUACAGAGGGGGAGUGGUUCCAGAAACUGACAGCAAGGUUCUGCAGCCACCAGUCAUGGGCCCUGGACCAGAUCAAGACCAGGCAGAAGCGAGAUCCACGCUUCAACAUUUUCAUACAGGAGGCGGAGAGUAAGCCCCAGUGCCGUAGGCUGCAGCUCAAGGACAUCAUUCCCAUAGAGAUGCAGAGGCUGACCAAGUACCCACUGCUGCUGGAGAAUAUCGCAAAGAACACAGAGGAUCUAACGGAGAAGGCAGCAAUUGAGAAGAGUGCAGAGUGUUGCAGAAAGAUCCUCAACCACGUCAAUGAGGAAGUCAAAGUGAUGGAAAACCUGUUGACUCUGAGGGAAUACCAGCGCAAAUUAGACACAUCAGGACUAAAACCCAGUAAUGAGCUCUAUAGUGAAUAUAGGAACAUUGACUUGACUCAGAAGAAGAUGCUUUAUGAAGGCCCACUGAUAUGGAAAGUCACCAAAGAAAAGGCCGUUGAGGUGCAAUGUGUGUUGCUUGCGGACUUACUGGUGCUCCUCCAGAAGCAGGAUGACAAGAUGGUCGUCAAAUGCCACAGUAAGAGUAACAUCGCUGCACAGGACGGCAAGCUGAUGCUGAGCCCAAUUAUUAAGCUGGACUCAGUCUUUCUCCGUGAUGUGGCCACAGAUCGAAAGGCUUUCUACGUGAUAUUUACCUGGGAAAGCGGCGCUCAGAUUUAUGAACUAGUGGCUCAGUCUGUUGGAGAAGUAAAAAUUUGGACUCAAGUGAUAAAGAAAGCAGUGGAUGACCUGAAGAAGAGUGGCAGCACAACCAAGAAGUUGACGACGGUGGCUCCUGGAGUUGGAGUUGUAGGACCUCCCUUCAGUCCCAUCAGUCUGAAUCCCCCUAUGAGCCCGAUUGAGAAUGGAGCUUUGAAAAGCAGCAGUGAUCAAGAUAAGGACAACUUGAAAGAUAAAAAGUCGACCGAUCCCAGGCACAGGCUGAUUGAUUUCCUGUCUGACAAAGGGUUUGACUUGAUAGGCCACACCAAAAAUGAUCAGGAGAAAGUGGCUAACAGUGCAUUAGAUGAAGUCAUGUCCCUGAAAAGGCUCCUGGUCGGCAGCAUCAGUCUAUCAGAGGACUCACAACCUGAUGAAGAACAUGAAGUAGGGCAAUCAAAAGGCCCUGGGCAAGAUGUGGAACAGCAUCAGUUAACAGAUGAAAGUCAGACCACGAACGAAGUAGCUGAGGAGACGAACCCCACGAGUACAGACAAAGAAGGUCAAAACCCAAAAGGAGACGAUGAGAGCAUCAGCGCGCCCCUGGUGCUGUCCCAGGAGAGGAAGGAGGAAGUGUGCAGGAGGCUACGCAGCCUGGAGGAACAACUAAAGAGACUACAGACUGUAGAAGAGGAACACCACAAGCUGCAGGAGGCCCUUUCCAAGUUCUCACUGGAGGGGGGCAGCUUCUAGUGACCCACCUUAAUGCCUCCUGCUGGCCAUUAGGUUUUGACUGGUUCUGGUUUGGACUGAGUGACUUUCAGAGGCUUUCCUGGAAAUUCCUAUACCAUCACACGUCUAUGACCGGACCAUCGAUACAUUUCUUUUUCUUCCCCUCUUGCGUGUGUGUGGGUGUGUAUGUCAGCUGUUUGCAGCCAAUCAGAAGUUUUAUUUUCUUUUUUCUCCUUUUACCAAUUGGCCAUUUAGGGAAGGGCUUUGUGCACAGUGCAGUGGUUCAGUAAUGGAACAUGUGUAUGUGCGCGUGCAUGCUGGAUAGAGGGCUAUACAAAAAAGAAAAAAACAAUCCUAAAUUGGGGUUUGAGGAUGCUGUUAGUGAGAGGUGCCAAAGGAAAUGAAGCAAUAUUUUGCUGUUAGUGAGUUGCUGCCUAAGAAAAUAUAGUGAUUUGAGUCUGCUGUAACACACAUACGCAAACCAGAAACAUGCAUGAUGGAAAAUAAUUUACAGUAAUGCCAAAUUCUAAUGUACAGUAACAGAGAGAGCCUUAAAUGGCCAAUAUAGCAUUAGGUCUAUUGAAAUACUACUACUGAUAUAUAGUGUUAUUUCUAGUCUAUGCCAAAGUAAAACAGAGAUGCACUUUUAAUCAAAACAAGAUGAACGCACACAGUUAUUGCUAAAUUUGUUACUUUUAGCUCUGUAUUCUGUAUGGUUAUUAAGGCACCCCUCAUUAUUGAAACGAUGCAUGCAAGAAAGUGUGUGUGUAUGUGCGUUACAAUUUUUUUAAUUAAGGAUAUAUUUCUUCAGAUGAUUCUUACUGUAAUUAGGUCACAUAAAAAUCAUUUAUAAAUAGUGGCAGUAUAAGUAAUCUUGGUGUUAAUAGUGGAGAUUUGUUUGUAUGUACCGCUUUUAUUUAUUCCCUUGAGUCCUUGUGUGUCAGUGAGCUUCUUCACCUGAGUGAAGCUGAUACAAUGCCAGGCCAGAAACAAAAAGUGAUGUGCAACUGUCGGACAGGACGGACAAAAACGAAGCUGGCGUGUGUGAAGCAGAUCAGAGUGGAAUAGAAAAGUGAAAGAACUGGGAACUGGUUUCAAGGGGGUUGCUUUUUAGAAACCUUUAACUUGAUGGUCAUGAGAGAGUAGAAAGUAGGAGAUUGGGAUUUGCGCCCCUAUAUUAAAUAAAUAAAUAUAUAUAGCGCUCAGUAUUACUAUGCUCAUAUCAUUUCAGAAGUUUCAACUUACCUUUAGAGAGGGUUCCCAAAUGCUCGUCCAAAACACUUUAGUUGGGGUUAUACUUUUCAGACGUAUUAUGAGAUCAGAUUGAUUUAGUAUAUUGCAAAUUUGAGCUAAGGUGAUAUUUUAUUGAGCGUUGACUAUGGUAAUAUAAUUUCUGAUCUGUGGCGUAACUGGGGCUGUGCACACAGGACCAAAGAAGUAACAGCAAACCGCUAGAUCCUCAUUUGUACAACAGCUUUAUUAGUGACGUGCAUCAUCUGUGUAGUAGUGUGUCACAAAAUGUUGAUGCGGGAAUGGUGGCUCAGUAAUGCAGUCUGGAAUCAGCAGCCGCUUUUCUUCACCCCAAACACGAAGGGAUUUUAAAAGCACAUUGAAUAAUAAAAACACUUCUUUCUUUUUUUAAAGUUAAUGUAAAGAAAAUACCAAGAUGAAAAACGUUAGAUUAUUUGGGAUUAGUCAUAAGACAUGAACAAUCUAUAGGACUGGGAAGUUUAAAAUUGAAUGAAAAAGUUGCGCUAUAGAGGAUUAAGAGACGCACCGAACAUGCCCCUGGUACUAAGCUGAACAUAUGGGGCUGAUACUGACACAGCAGCAAUACUGUAGCCAGAUGAGGACACAAAGGAAAUGCUGAAGGUCUGGAGGAAGGAAAACUGUAGACUCAUUCCUACAGAAGCACGUCAGGAGCACUUCCUGACAUCCAUUCUUAUUGUUGUUGUUGCCACAACAACAAAUGCCACCUUUGAACCUACUGAACCUCACCGGGUUUGCUCAUUUUGAUCACUUAAGUGUUCAUAGGCUUCAAAAACUAUAUAUGAUUCUAGCAUCUCUCUCCACGUAUUGUUCUUUGGAAGUGUAUAUAAAUGUAGUUUGAAGGCAAAAAAAGACAAAGACAAAAAAAUAAUAGCUCCCCUCUGUGUCUUAAGCUCUUUUUUUUUUUUAGCUACACACUCUUCUUCAUAACACACUCACACCUUUUAAUUGCGUAAUCACUUGUUUCUACUGCACAGUUUUAUCCUACAUUUUGUGUAUUGAGUCACUUAAGUAGGUUGGGGAGGGAGUAUUUUCCACAGAGGCUUUUGUAAUUUUUUACUAUGCAUUUUCCACAAUGGUGAGAGAGGCAGGACUUGCCUGUAACUUGUCUUUGCAUUUUGAUGAUUGUGAAUCAAUUGAAAAAAAAAUAUUCAGUGCCAACCAGCUCUGUACUGUGGGUACUAUACCUCAGGCUACCCACAGUGCUUUUUAAGAAAAAUUCAAUGUCAGUGGUAGACAUUUGGAGUCCAACUACCACCAGCAUCAGCUGAUUCCUUCAGUCUCCACUGGCUCAACGACUACUACAGGCACUUCUCGCGCUCUCUCCUUUAAAUGCUUUUCCUCAUGUAUUCCAUAUACAAAAUGUAUAGAAAACUUUAUUUAUAGAGUGGUGCCUUGUUCUAACGAUCAAGUUGUUUGCUUCAUAAAAGACUCUUUAGUUGAACACAAUCACUGCUGUGUACCUCAAUGAGAAACAUGACUAGUAAGCAGAGAAAAAUCAUGACAGGAUUCAGAUUUUGGUGGUUUAAGGUUUGAGGGUUGUUUCUAUAUGUAGAUUUAACUUGGGCUUCAUCGCACUAUUUUUGUGUCCAUCUCUAUCUCAUAGUGAGGAUGUAAGCCCUCUACCAACUCAGCCGACCAGUGCCCAGUAUAUUUAAAAAAACAAAAUAGACAUUGCUCCUUGCCAUACUGGUGUUUGCCACCUUAUCUAUAAACAUUGUAUAUGCAAGAACUAUACUGUGUAUUUGGGUUUGAUUUUUAUUGUGUAAGAUGCUCUUUAAUGAUGUAUACCUAAACAAAUUUGUGGUACGUUCUAUUUUUUAAUUCUUUUUUUUUUUUUUUUUCAAUAAACUGGGGAAAUUUUU